UUUAAGGUAGUUAGUAGAGGUCCGCCGCUCGUGCCGCACGCGUCAGUACCGCAGGAUGUCGGCCACCACCACACAGCGUUUGGUGCCUAUCAGGCCGUCCCCACACAAGGGUAUUACUGUUACCAAGGGCGUGACAGUCAUCACCACCACCACUUCUCCUGCCACACUGACGCCGCCCAAGACGGGAGUCAAAAGGAAAUUAUCUGAACCAAGUCCUGAGCCUGUGAAGUGUAAGAGACGCAUCAACUUUGGCGUCGGAUACGUUGUGUCGCCAGCGCCCGUGGCAGUGGCGCGCCGCAAUGCACGAGAGAGGAAUCGCGUGAAGCAAGUCAACAACGGGUUCGCGACACUCCGGCAGCACAUCCCCGGAGCUGCCAAGGCCAAGAAGAUCAGCAAAGUGGAGACCCUCAAGCAAGCAGUGGACUACAUUCGUUCCCUGCAGGAAUUGCUGGAGGAUCACGACGCUCUCAUGCUGAAUACCAACAAUCUGGUCAACACCUCACAGGCUGUUUCCUCUCCCAGGGCGCCCUCUCAUCCCUACACCAACGCAGUGGCGCCCACUUCAGCCCUUUCCCAGACUCAGUACAGAGUUUUACAGUACCCAAGUUACUACUACAGCGAGAAUGUGUCUCCAGUGGCGGCGUCAGUGUAUCCGAUGAGUGCGGCCUCUGUGUCUCCAACCUGCAGCGAUGCUGCUGCUUCUCCGACGCCCUCCUUUGACUCUGCCAUCUCCGUUACGGAGGGCACCGCGACAGUGACCAGCAACGUCACGAGUGUGUUCUCCCCUGUGAACAACACCACUACCACCACCACCACCACCACCCUCCUGGACCCUCUGGAUUCCCUGGAAACCUACGACCCCGUCAACACUCCUGAGGACGAGGAGCUGCUCGACGCCAUCGCACUCUGGCAGCAGUGCCAGUAGCAGAUUCUGCGAAUGGAGAAAUCUAGUCAUGCUUUUCCAAUACCAUGUUCUACUGGUCAGCUCGUUCUCCGAUCCGUCUGUAUCACACCUAUGACUCAGAGGACCCCGCCCCACACACCCAGGCGCCACCCCGCACGGGCCUUCACGCUCAAGCUCUCCUGAAGAAGCUCACUCCUGGCCACAGCUCCACUAAGCCUACGCUAAACGUGGACCUCAUACUGAGAAAGGAGGAAGUGUUGCGUCAGUCCUCCUGAUGAGUGUUCCACGUGACUACCGCGGUGUUUCUACUUCUCCUAAAUGCAGCUACGUCUGGAAGGAAGCCCCUGCUCUCCACACGGCUUCCCGGCAGCUAGAUAAAGCCUCGAGAUAUCGCCAGCCCUCAUCCAUCUCUGAAGAAGGAAGAAGGGCUCCCACUUUCUAAUGCUAAUAAUAACCGGACGCGCUACAGCGACUACACAAAUCUGAAGCAGCGCUGCACGAAGAAGCCUCACCAAUUCUCUCAAUCACCACCACUGGGAGAACAAUGUUCCCGAAGAACAAGGAGCCGAGGAGCACAGGAAAACAAAAGAACAAACUACUCAAUCAACAAGGCCUCGGAGAACAAAAGGAAAACAGGAGUAAGAAGAGAGGCCCGGCCGGAGUCUGCCUUGGUUGUACACACACACACACACACACACACACACACACACACACACACACACACACACACACACACACACACACACACACACACACACACACACACACACACACACAGGAAGCAUGGCAAGAUAAUCACCUCAGAAUCUUAAGACUAUCGGGGUGAACUCACAUAUUAUAAUAUACUAUAUCAUAUCCUUUCAUAUAGUUACUCCUUUUUUUUUUUCUAUUUGCGGUUUGUGAAUGUCUAGUCAAAAGUACAGCAGAGCAUAAUGAAGACAUGAUAUGCUUACGCCAAAGCCCCCGCUAUGCCUGGGCGCUGCGACCUUGCCUGGCUCCCACGGCUGGCGUCACGAGGCAAGCACAGAAAUUGUGUUGAGUGACGCCAGCCUCUACUAACCAAUAUUAACAGGAGUCGUGCGUGCGGCAAAGUGGGUUGUGAUCUCCUGGCCUGCUAACCAGUCCAGCUUCUGAUACCACCCCACGGAUGCCGCACGCCCAGGGCCGCCCCCAGAUCCCCAGGCUGGUGGGGAAGACCUAACACGUAAUCUCCCGGUCGGUGCAGCCGCCGGCCCUAGCGUCGUAACCACACAGACCAAAACGCAGCAGUAUCGUCGUAUGUACCGUGAAAACACUUAUUGCCCUCUGAUUCCUUCGUGGUGAUUCUCAUCUUUUUUUUUAUUCCACAUAUAUUUGUUACUAAAAAAGAUAUAUAUAUGAAUGUAUUCUACGCGCUUCCUAACCAGUCGCAAACGAGCCUUCCCUCCGCCGUGCUUCCGGAGCGAGGCGCGGCUCCUAAUGCUUCCAAAACUACUUAUGUGCCUUUUAUUGCCUUAUCUUUGUUGACUAACCUUUUGGAAUGUUACGCUGACUCUAUGAUCGAUCUCCUGUUGUCGUGACCCUGUACUAUAUAGUCUAGCUGUUAUGAUCUCCUAAUGCUCAAGCCCCGAAAGGGUGCGUGAUCCUCUCAUUCGAAAAAAGACUCAAUCAGUAUUGCAUUAGUGUUAAGAAUUUAUCGCUGCGCAGCGCAGAGCCAACCUGCCCCCUUCUCCCCCCUCGCUGGCUCCCGCGCGCCGCCUGUAGGUUUGGGCUGUAGGCAUUUCACACACACCUUCACACCAGUACAAGUUUGGCAUUCCAGUAACUGAUCAUUAUAUCCUGUAUCAUUAAGUUGUACAAAAUGUCUACAUCCAUUCCAUACAAAGACGUAAAUGAAGACAAAACGACACAUAUUAGAAUUUCUUUUCAUGUUCGUCCGAUAUUCAGUCUUAAUACAUGGACCAUUGUAUUCCACAUCUUAUACCCUUCACAAUCAGAGUGCUUGAUACACGUCCAAGCAUUUCCUACGUACAUGAACAUUCCACGCCCUCUGUGGUACUAAAUAGUGUAUAGUAUUACGCCCACAUCAUUGUUGCAUUAUUUUUAAACAUGUUACUCCUCUAUUAUUGUACCCACACCAACUGUUCUCGUCUCGGGGCCCUCGUGACCCUGGCCCCUCAUCUAUAGGGCUGUCCACACCCAAAAGGACGCGUUGAUGACCCAUGAAAGGAGUGCUCAUGCCCACUCCAGCCCUCCGUGAUUGAGUUUGUGGCCUUCCAUUUAAACCUGAGUCCUUUUGGGUUUUAGGACAAAUGAUUCUUGUUGUGUUUCUGGCAAGGGUGUACAUACUGUAUAGAACUUUUAUAUGUAUGCAUAAGCUUUUGUUAAAAUAAAGGCGAUGCUUUAUUAUGAAAAAGAAA